AUGACCAUGUUGGCUCUUCUUACAUUUGGCCUCCUCAUUGUCCAUUCAACAACCGUAACCUCCAGGGCUAUGGUUUCUAAUCGCGCUGGUUUGGCAUCCACCCUUUCCAGAGAAGAUUUAGAGGCAAUGGGAGUUGAGAUGUUACCUCCACCAGAUAAUUUGGCGGAGUACGCUUACCUAAAGCCACGAAUGUGGGAUAUGAGUGGGAAAAUGCCCUCCCGUGGAGCCAACAAACGAUUCUUCUGCAAUCCAUGGGGUUGUGUGCAGUCUCGGUGA